CCGAAACGCUCAGACGUGUCGCGCGAUCGGCGUAGAAAGUGAAUUUGAAACAGCAGCAGCUGCAGCCACCGAAAAAGUGUAUUACAAGAAUUCCCCCUUGCUUGCCAUGUUCCGAAUCCUCGUUGGAGUGACUUGUGCGCUCCUUUGGCUGGAAGCGAGUCAGGCUCUGACUCCUGGCCUGCAGGUGGCCAAGCAGUGGAAGCUCCUGCGAUAUAAUUUCCAGCCCCAGGCACCGAUCACCGAUCCCAAUUUCUUUAGUCCCCAAAAUGUUUUGAUCACGGGAGUGGCUGUAACGGACGAUCGCAUCUUUGUGGCCACGCCGAAGCUCUUCUCGGGCGUAUCCUCCACGGUGAGUUGGGUGCCCAAGGCGCAGUUCGGGGACUCCCCCACCCUGCAGGCCUUUCCCGAUUGGUCCUUCUCCAACACCGGUCGCAGUGACUUCAACUGCAGUGAUCUUAUCCUGACCUCGGUUUACCGCCUGCGCGUGGACUCAUGCAAUCGCAUUUGGCUGCUGGAUGCUGGAGUUUCACGUUCCCUCGAGGACUUUGAGAUCACCUGUCCGCCAAAGAUCCUGGUGGUAGACCUGGCCACGGAUCGUGUGGUGCGCAGAAUUGAUUUUCCGCCAGAGGUCCUGCGCGGUGAGUCUCUGUUUACCAAUAUGGUGAUCGAUGAGACCACGGCCAAGGGCUGCGAUGAUGUGUUCGUCUACAUCACGGACACCGUGGAGCCGGGCAUCAUAGUGUACGACAGCGGAAAGGAUGUAACUUGGCGGGUGUCGCACCCGGCCAUGUAUCCCGAUCCGGAUUUUGCCCAGUCGGAGAUUCACGAGCAUCGCUUUGUCCUAAUGGACGGUGUAGUUGGACUGACUUUUGAUGAACGCACUGGUGUGGUCUACUUCCAACCUUUGGCCACGGAUAGAGUCUUUUCCGUACACAAAAAUGUCCUGCGUGCUGGUCCUCUCCCCGAUAACAAAAUGCUGGAUGUGAAACUGGUGGGCAAGAAGAGCUCCCAGGGCAUUGGACUCUCGGUGUCGCCGUUCGACAGCAGCCUGAUCUUCAGUCCGUUGAGUGAAACUGCUAUUGCCUCUUGGAAUCCAACAACCAAUCAGCAAUCCGUGCUGGCCUACGAUAAGGAUCAGUUGCAGUUUGUGGCCGAUAUAACCACUACCAGAUCGGAGCCGGGCGUGAUCUAUGCCAUCUCAUCAAAGUUCCAUCGAUUCUUCCUGAAGAACCUAAAUCCCAGUGAGUUUAACAAUCGUAUUGUUCGGCUGGAACUGGCCUCCGGGAACUCCUUGCUGGGCCAUCGCGUUGCCCUGCCCGCUCCUCCCACGCACAAUAGUCUGCUGAACUAUGGUGUCUACAAUACCCAUGCCCAGACCUCGACGAAUGCUCUGCAAACCUACUUCACCAGUCCAGGCCUGACCACGCCCUUCACCACCAAGACGCCCUUUAAGUUUGAAACCGGUGGGAUUGUCAAUUAUUCCGCCCGCAAUCCUUUUACGGCCCUCAACCAGGGCGAGGCCUUUCCGCCCAGCAAGGCCACGAGGGACAACUACCAGAGAUCGUACCUGGACACCCUGGUGGGUACAACCGCUCCAGGAGCCACAACAAGGGUGGUUUCAUUGCCACCCACUGCCUACACAACCCGACACAGUGGGUACUACUAUCAGCGGGCCACGAGAUCGGCGGGACAUCAGUAGAAAUGGCUCUUAACUAGUGUUCACGCUGCGUAUACGCAAUGCGAAGAGCAGCCGAUGUAA